CCCUAAUUGAUUCAGAACUAUUUCCUUUGUUUCACCUCCUUGCCCUGCGCCGUUCCCUCGUCUCGAGCGAUUCAGCACUCCACAUCGCGGCGCCAUUUGUAUUGUCUUCUUCUUCAAUCUCUGUCUCUCUGACCUCUCUUCUGAAACUCCAACCUCCAGAAACCAUGGCCGCUGCUGAUCUAGCUGCUCCGGUGCUGGAACCGACACAGCCGCACUAUGACGUGAAGCUCUUCAACCGAUGGAGCUUUGAUGAUGUCCAGGUCAGUGACAUUUCACUGGCGGAUUAUGUUGGAGUUGCACCUUCCAAGCAUGCAACAUAUGUACCUCACACUGCUGGGAGAUACUCUGUCAAACGAUUCAGGAAAGCUCAGUGCCCUAUUGUGGAGAGGCUUACAAACUCACUCAUGAUGCACGGGAGAAACAAUGGAAAGAAACUCAUGGCUGUCAGAAUUGUUAGGCACGCAAUGGAAAUUAUCCAUUUGCUAACAGAUCUGAACCCAAUCCAAGUUAUUGUUGAUGCUGUUGUUAACAGUGGUCCACGUGAAGAUGCAACUCGUAUUGGAUCUGCUGGAGUUGUUAGGCGUCAGGCUGUGGAUAUUUCACCUUUGAGACGUGUGAAUCAGGCUAUCUAUCUCCUCACAACCGGCGCUCGUGAGUCUGCUUUCAGGAACGUCAAAACUAUUGCAGAGUGUUUGGCUGAUGAGCUUAUUAAUGCUGCCAAAGGUUCCUCUAACAGUUACGCAAUCAAGAAGAAGGAUGAGAUCGAACGAGUCGCUAAGGCCAACCGUUAAGGAGCUGCCGAAAAUUUUUAUGAAGCGGGAGUUUUGUCUACGUUUUGUUUAUUCGAUUGUUGCUUAAGAAGUUGUCGGAUUCACCCUAUAGCAUGAGAAUUGCGCGUCAAUUUUUUUGUUAUGAAGAUCUCAAUUAUUCUUGUUGAGUUGAAUUUUAUUUGAAUUAUGUUACAUUUGAAUAGUAAAAUUUCAAAACUUUA